ACACACACCCGGGCACAGCAGCUAGUUGGGACGGCACAGUGUUGAUAGGAGUGUGAACAGGGUUUAGUGUACAAGCAUCAAAGUGAUUCUUAAUCUUUGUAUCGGUGAGGUGAUAAAGACGGGAUCAUGCUUCUCCUGAAAGUUCUUCUGUUUUGCCUUCAAGGUCUCGCCAUCGUGGCUGAUGACUACUUCCGGGAGGACAAGAUGAAUUCUGGGUUUAUGUUUAUUCCCUACCUGCUGAAAGAGUCCCACGACCACAUUGAAGACUGCCUGUCGUUUUGUGAACUUGAACCAAAAUGUAACAUCGUGACCUUUGACAAGACACGCCGCAUGUGUAGGGGAUAUGAAAACGUCACCCAAUCGGAAGCUUUCAUCGCAGUACCCGGCACGAAGCUGUGGUCAAACAACAGACAGAAGACCCAACGAUAUUCCUACCCUGGGAAGACCUGGGUUGCUGACCAGUCACGUGUAGGUAAGGUCUACAGCCCAACCAACUGGAGAGAGUUUAUUCCCCAGCUUGACGACUGCGUGGUCCGUUGCCGGAAUCAUCCCGACGGAUGUCAUUACCUCACAUUCACAGAGCACCUUUCGGAUUGCCGAUCUUUCCUUGGCACUGCUGAUUCAGAAGUGGCGUUGGCAAAUACAACCGUUUGGAUGCAAAGCCAGUUUGGAAGAGACUUGGAGUCGCCAGAGUCGUUCUACUUGAUCGUGAAAGAAAAUCUGAACCGCGCAAAUGCACAAGCGUAUUGUGAAAAGGACGGAAUUUCUGGACAUCUGCUGAAGGUCAACAACGUUGAGGAGAAAGAUUUCCUGUACAACAACGGGGCGUUUGAUGCUGCAACAACUGCCACCCUGUGGAUGGAUGCGGAGGCGAAUGCCGACGGUCGAUUUCUGUGGAAUGUCGGGAGACCAGAACUCGCUUACACGUACUUGGCUUAUGGUGAACCCGCCGAUACGGCCAACAAAAAGUGCCUAACCAUGUCGAAAGCAACCGGAAAAUGGGCAAGUGCCAACUGUGCUGCCACCAUGCACUUUGUGUGCGAGAUGGACAAGCUGUCAUGGUAAGCAGACAGACAAAUGCACCGUGACCACUUGAGAGUUCCUUAAUUUUAUUUCCUCUCUGGAUUCGGCCUAAGGGUUAACUCUCCCACCUCACUUUGAUAUAUAUCCUUGCCUGACAAAGAGUUCUAGUCUAGGAAAGCCAUAAUUUUUGUGUAUGAAUUUGGACUUAUUUAUUAUUUAUUGCAUAUCUGAAGGGUAUACACUAUAAUUGUUAUUAUUAGUACAUGAUUAACCUCCCAUAAACCCCAAAAGGUCUUUAGUGCCAACAGGUGGUCGACAAAAACAAAUGCAAAAUAAAGACAUUAACCAAACGUAAAAAUGGGAGACAAUAGUUGACUUUAAAACUCAAUAGAGAGUGACUAGAUAACUUUAAUACAAAUAUAGCGAUAAGUUCUGAACAGACACGAGUAUCAUGUAUACACAGUAUGGUAUUUUAAAUUAUUUUACAUUUGAAAGGUACACAGAAAAAAAGAUCAGAAAAGAUUAAAUGAAAAUGGGAAUAACUAAAACAAAAAAGAGUAGAGCAUGAAAUAGCACGUUAUCUAAUAGAGCUGAUACCAAUUUCACCAAACACAAGGGCAGGGGGCAAUGGAACAAUUUUGUUUUUAGUUACAUUUUCACUGUGAUUUUUGUGAUUGUAAUAAGUAACAAUAUUUACAUUUUUCGGUUAAUUCAUUGGUUGCUAUAUCAAAUACGGUUAAACUUACAAUUGAAUAUCUACAUCUAAAGGUAGAUUCCCAUAAUGUAUAGGUUCAUUUUACCACCUAUCAGAAAAAGGGUUUGUUUAUAUUGUGUGUCUAGUCUUAUCCGUAUUUUUAUAUGCAUGCUUACGUUCGGACAAAGAAUCAGAGUGAGAAGGAUAGUUUAUAUAAAUUAUUGUAUCUGUGUGCCGUACGUUCUGCUUACUUAAACAAACCUGCCUAUAAAUACCGCCGAAGGAAGAGAACUCACUUUUAGAACAAAUUAAUUUGGAAUUUAUGGUAUGGAGACUUUACAGACAUGUGAUGAUUUUAGAAAACAGUUUUCUUGGAAUGAUGUCAUAAUAGAAGUUAUCUUAAUACGGAGGUAUGGUAGUCUAGUGGCAGAACGCCGGGCUCGUUGCGGGUUCGAGUCACGGCACGGCACUGUGUUGUAUCUUUGAGCAAGAUACUUUACUCCGAUUGUUUCAGUGUACUCAGCUGUAAAUAGGUACGUGGUUGGGCAGUACUAGAAUUGCUGAAUGCUAGCAAUGAAUGCCGAAAUGGCAGCACCGGCUAUAUGCUCCCAAAUGAGUUUAGAAAGAUAUUGGCUAGUUGCAAAGGUCCUAUAACCGCGGAUAAUAAUUUGUGAACCGCUUUCAGACGACCUACGCACUAGGUUGUAAAAAAGCGUCAUACAAUAAUUAGUAGUUAAUAGGCAAGUGGUAUGUAUAUAGAGUCAUAUUUUAAGAUGGAUUUUUUAUGAUAAAUGACUCUAAAGUCAGUAAGUCUCAUACAGUAUUGUGUUUUGUUUUUGGUAAUUAAUUGUAUAUCAUUGAACAUGUCAAUGGGUUUGGAGGAAUGCGUUUUUAAUGUUUUAAAUAUUUAUUGUUUUUCACAGAUUCCAGAUUUAUUGACUUCUGUGUAUGAAAUGUACAGAAUUGCUUGAAAUGUUGCAAAGUCAGAGUAUUUUUUUAAUAAUCAUUAAUUCAGCAGAUCUAUGUGAAAGACAUUACGUCAUACUUAUCCUAACUAAAUUUGCCUAUACAAAGACAUUGUUCACGUUAAGAUAGGCCAAGAAAGAAGGGAAACCGUGGUCAUGCUCGUUAGUUUUCCGUAAGGAUAGGCCAGGGAAAGUUCGUGACAACGGGGUCCUAUUUGUUUGUGUCCCGUCAGGACAGGCCAAUGAAAGUUCGUGACAACGGGGUCCGGGCCUAUUUGUUUGUGUCCCGUCAGGACAGGCCAAUGACAGUUCGUGAAUCCCAGGUAUUGGUCGCUUGUUUCUCGUGUGCAGGCUAUGUUAGACUGUUGUUACAUGAACAUGCUAUUAAUCAUCAUUAUUCUUGA